AUUAAGAUUUUCGCGGUAAGUUAUUAAGAAGGUCUGAUUACAUUCCUAGUUUAGGGUUUCGAUGGGUUUCUAAAGAUCAGCGUGACUGAUAUAAUAAUCUCUGGUUCUCGUGUCCGAUCAUAAAAUCUCUGGUUCUCCUUAUUCUAAAUUUUUUGACAACUGAAGCGGGAAGAAGUGCGAGAUUUUAUCUGUUAAUAUGCGGGGAUUGCAGAAAUCAAAAAGGGUUUCAUGGGCUCCAGAUGUAAACCUUUGUCAGGUAAAGCUGUUCCUUUCAGAGGAUUCACCCUCACAAGUUGGUCUUGGAGCUCAAGAUCACCUCCAAGCAAAGAAAUCAUGGCUAUUACAUUCAACUGGAAUGGGCUCUGAUGACCAUCUUCCACCGGGAUUCGAGGGAGCUCAACCUGCUAACCAGUUGAAGAAGGAAUUGGCCCAGAUCCCUCUGAUCAAAUGGAAAUGUCCUCCCCGGUUUGUUCCGAGUCCCAGCUGGCAAGUGGUGGCUGGGGAAGAGAGCAAAGAGGCAGAGGUUCAAAACCAGAGAGAGAUGAGAGUACUGGAAGCAGUUUAUCCUCGUCCUUCUGCCAUUCCUCCUAGCCCUUCUGUUUCACAUGAGGUAGAAGACUAUCAUCACGAUGAUUCUCAUGCUCUGAUCAUUCCUGUCACUCCCAUUGAAGAUGAUGACGCCACAGGUCCAUCAUGCAAUUCGGUAGCGGCAAGUAACCCCAUGGACUUGCCGCCUCUUGUAGUGCCCCAGGGCUUGUUGGCUUCUGGGACAACACCUCAAUCACAGUACGGCCUUCAUUCUGCUCUGAAGGCACCAAACAGUGAAAAAAUUGCAUUUGGUGCUGUCCCUUGUGCACAACCUGACAUCGGUGCUGCUGCAUCUGCUGCCUUCACAGCAAUCAUGCGAAGCAGUGAGCAGGGAAGCUUGAUUGACCGUGACCUGCUUAUUAAGAUCCUCAACAACCCAAAGCUGAUUGAGAAAUUGGUUGCAGAUCAUGGAAAACCCACCAAUUCACAAACCACACCCAAGCCAAAGUCACCACCGAUGACCUCAUUGGUCCCUCAGUCGGUCCUUCCUCCCAUCCAUAUCAAUAGGACAGAACCAGAUGCACCCUUUUCAGCAGCCCCUGCAACUGGCUCCUUCUUCCCUGCGACAAAUGCUGUGGUGCCUACUUUAAAUCCACGGCUUCCUCUGCCCGAAAUUGUUCCAACUGUGAAGGUACCUCCUGUGAAGGAUAUCAACUAUUAUAAAAGCUUGAUUCAACAACAUGGAGGGGAGAGACAAGAAACCCAGGAUCGCAUCUUCACACAAUUUAGUAAUCAUCAUAACCAGCUGAUGCUAGAAACCAGCUCUGAACCUGUACAAAGCUCAAAACCCAGAGAUUCAAAACCCAAAAUCAUGAAGCCUUGCAUAUACUUCAAUAGUUCAAGGGGAUGCCGAAAUGGAGCCAACUGUGCAUACCAACAUGAUGGAUCAUAUCAGCGGAGGGCGGGCAGCAUGCAGGAAGCUCAGAGUGCAAAGAGAAUGAGACUAGACAGGGAAAUAACGGGAAGGACGUGAGAUGAUGCUUAGGUCCUUUGUGUAACCCCCAGCUUCCAUACACAGAAUUCAUUUUAUCGGUAAAUAGAAAUUCUCUCGCUUCUCACUCUUAUUCAUUUCCUUGGUCAUUCCUACAGAGAAAUUACCCCAAUUUCUUAUCGAAGAGCGGUCAUCCUGUAGUUGUCAUGAUUUAACACACAACGAUCCGUUCUGUUUACAUGCUUGUAUUGUUGAUAAAUGGAAUUCUUCCAUUUAUGUUU